CUAUCACAACAUUAACACCCAUGUGGAGGAGAAGGGACCAUCUGUUGUCUAUAAACGUGUAUUAACAACAGAAACAGAGACUUUUCUUAUAUUAUUAAGAAAAUAAAGGUGAAGUUCUAAUCAGCAAAAUGUCAGAUCAUGACGAUGAAAAAGAAGAAUUGCCCAAAGGACCAGUGGAAAAUGCCUGGUCCAUAAAAAUUCCUGAUUUUAAAAAAGGUGAAAUGAAGAGCCAUCUGCUGGAGGAAAGUUCAUUUUCUGUUCUCUUUCCAAAAUACCGCGAGAAAUACCUUAAGGAGUGUUGGCCUGUACUGCAAAAAACAAUGACAGAGUAUGGAAUCAAAGCUGAAUUGGAUCUCAUAGAAGGACGAAUGACAGUUUUGACAACAAGGAAGACUUGGGAUCCAUAUGCUAUUAUAAAAGCUCGGGACAUCAUUGUACUGUUGGGAAGAUCAGUUCCUGUUGAGCAGGCUGUCAAGGUUCUUAAUGAUGGUGUUACACAUGAGGUUGUCAAGAUCCGCAACAUGGUCCGUAACAAAGACAGAUUUGUGAAGCGGAGACAAAGAUUAAUUGGUGCAAAUGGCACUACUCUGAAGGCUCUUGAACUGCUUACAAACUGCUAUGUGCUGAUUCAGGGUGCAACUGUUGCUGCCAUUGGACCUCACAAAGGAGUUCUGCAGGUUAUACGUGUAGUGACUGACACUAUGAAAAACAUCCAUCCUGUGUAUCUGCUGAAGGCUCUCAUGAUCAAGAGACAGUUAAUGCAAGACCAAAAUACUAAGGAUGGAGAUUGGUCAAGAUUCAUACCCAACUUUACAGCCAAAAACGUUCAGAGGAAGAAACCAAAGGUGAAGAAGAUUAAGAAGCCCUAUACUCCAUUCCCACCUGCUCCAACAGAGAGGAAGAUUGACAAACAAAUGGCAGAGGGCAAGUUCUUUAUUGACCAAGAAGAAAAGAAAGUAUCUAAGAGAAAGAGACCCACAGAAGAAAAGAAGAAAGAGAAUGCUGAUAAACAGAAGGAAAAGCGAGCUAAAGCAUUUGUGGCGCCUGAGGAACCAAAGUACAAGCCAAACACACCCAACCUAAAUUCCGAAGUUGACAUUAAUUCACUAAAAAAGAAAUUGAAGAAGAGAAAGAACAACUGAUCUGGAAAUGCCUCUUGGAUUUAACAGUUAUGUAUUGUUAGCAAGAGUGUUAUCAUAUGUUGUCAUGCCCCUUUCCUUCCAUUUCAUCAUUUUGCAAAGUAUUUGUUGUAUAAGUUUGCCUUCUGUCUUGUAGAGAAGAUGUAAUAAAUAAUUUGAUAUUUAAAA